CAUGCCUGGGACCCUAAGAUUCUGAUGCUUGAUAUUAGAGUAUUGCUAGUAUUGGGGUCUUUCCUUUAUGCUCGAAUAGAUUGUUCCAUCGAAUAGCUUUGGAAUGUGCCUCUUUCUGAUAGUACUCUGAAGCUUUUAUCUAUUUGUUUUGUAUGCCAGUGUUGUUUUUUCACAUAAUGAAUCUUCUUCUUCUAUACUUAUAUUAUUUAAUUGUUGUUUUGGCCCUCUUGGUGCUUUGGCCAUUUUGUUUCUAUUGUUUUAACUGUGUCAGUGGACGCACGGAAAAACUUUUCAUUUUGUUUAUUAUGUAGAAUAAGGAAUAAAUGCAUUAGCAGGGAGAAUGCAACUUGUUAUUGUCAAAAUGUGCCACUAUCAGUAUGAAGAGGAGGGGUGGACAUGGUGUGGUGGGUCAUGAUGCCCUCUUAAAAGGACAUCAUUUCUUGUGAUUGCAGAUGAUAUCGUCAUUGAUUUUGGAGUACAAAAAUUUUAUUUGAUCAAAACAUUGCUUUUUUUCAUUUCAUGGUUGAGAUUUCGUCUGGAGAAUUGGAUUUUGUAUUGUCUAUUCCUGCUAGAGUUUUCUGGUUGUCAUAGAGGAUUAGCUAGGUUUUAAGUCUUGUUAAGCGAUACCAAUCAGGAGGAUAGCCAGUCUCCUGAGAUUGAGUAGAUGUGAAGCAAUUAGCUAAAGUAUAACUGAGUAUUCAUCAAAUAUCGGGAACUUUCCGGAAUAUGAGAUAAUCAGACAAGUCUGUAGCUUUUCUUUACUGUUCUUCUCGCAGAACCUUCCCCAACUACUGGUACCUUUUUGAAGCCUCAAAUGGCACAGGGCUCUGUUGGUACUGCUACAUAUUCAGCCACUACUGUUUACUCAAAUAUCAAUGUUUCUGAUAACAAAAGUUCAAGUACCUUUGAGUUUAAACCUCAUGCUUUAGCAAAUAUGGUUACUACAGAUCAAAAUUCCCUGAGAAAUGCUCAGUCUAUGCAAGUCCAAGGUCAAUCUCAAUCAUUUGGGACAGUAUCUUUAGUUAAAAGUGAGGUAGCAGUCAAUUCAAACGAGUUGGGUUUUUCAUCAGCAGCACGUGGUGUUGUUGCUUCUGGAACUAGUGCUUCUGCUGAUGGUGAUUCAGAUGAAUUAAAUCAGAGGGGCAAUCCUAAUUCUGGUGUCCAAACAGCACAAUUCGAUCACAAGGGAAACGGACCUUCAGUCAUAUCUUCUGAAGAUGGGUAUAACUGGCGGAAGUAUGGACAAAAGCAUGUCAAAGGAAGUGAAUUUCCACGUAGCUAUUACAAAUGUACCCAUCCUAACUGUGAAGUGAAAAAACUAUUUGAGCGUGCCCAUGAUGGACAGAUAACAGAGAUUAUUUACAAGGGCACGCAUGAUCAUCCUAAACCUCAACCCAGUCGACGAUACAACACUGGUAGUAUUAUGUCUGCCCAGGAAGAAAGAUCUGACAAGUUUUCAUCUAUAAUUGGUCGUGAUGACAAGUCAUCUAGCAUAUAUGGACAGGCGUCUAAUACUAAUGAGCCAAAUGGUACUCCAGAUCAAUCUCCUAUUGCAACAAAUGAUGACAUUGUAGAAGCUACAGGAAAUAGGAUCAAUGAUGAUGUAGAUGAUGAUGAUCCAUUCUCAAAGCGGAGGAAAAUGGAAAUUGGAUGCUUUGAUGUCACUCCAGUGGUUAAGCCUAUCAGGGAACCACGUGUAGUUGUUCAAACUCUGAGUGAGGUGGAUAUACUGGAUGAUGGAUACCGCUGGCGGAAAUAUGGCCAGAAAGUAGUGAGAGGAAAUCCUAAUCCAAGGAGCUAUUACAAAUGCACAAAUGCUGGAUGCCCUGUUAGAAAACAUGUGGAGAGAGCAUCUCAUGAUCCUAAAGCAGUUAUAACAACAUAUGAAGGAAAACAUAAUCACGAUGUCCCUACUGCGAGAAAUAGUAGCCACGAAAUGGUAGGAUCAAUGGCUGCAAACAUCCCAGCAAGAAUUAGAUUGGAAGAAACCGAUACCAUUAGCCUUGAUCUCGGGGUUGGAAUUAGUUCUGCUACUGAUAAUAGGUCCAACGAGCAACAUCCUACAGCGCAAUCUGAACUAAUGGAAAGCCGAAGUCACAAUUCCAAUGUCAAUGUAGCCCAAGCAGGUACGACAUUCUUUGGUAUCCUUGGUAAUGGCUUGAACCAAUAUGGAUCUAGAGAAAAUAUUGGCGAGGGACGGAGCAUUGAAUUAUCAACUUUGAACCAUUCAUCAUGUCCAUAUCCACAGAACUUGGGUAGAAUCUUAACAGGUCCUUGAAAUUGCUUCAACUGUAUGAAGUGAAUAAAUAUAUUCUGUUUCUUUUUUCUUAAAGUUCAAUCUUUGUUUUUUAGUUUUUAUUUCCUAAAAGUCAUGUAUGAAGUGCCUUGAGUUGAACUACUGUUUGUGUAACAUUAGCUUCUUUGGGAUACGUUGUACAAAUAUGAAUUAGUACUGAUAAUAUAUUCUGACAGAGGGGAUAAUGUAAACUCGAAUGCUUGUAAUGUACGCUAUUUAUCUUAUAAAAAAAUUUGAAUGUAUGGUAUUUCACAUUUA